AUGGCGAGUGAGAAGCCGGUGUCAGGGCCGGACCCGCAGCCCGCGGGGCUCAUCCCUGUCGGGGCCGGAGGAGGCGGCGGCAGCGCCGCGGUGAUGGGGGAGCUGCGAGCGUCGGGCUCCGGGUCCGUGGUGCUCCCCGCGGGGAUGAUUAACCCGUCGGUGCCGAUCCGCAACAUCCGCAUGAAAUUCGCCGUCCUCAUCGGACUCAUCCAGGUCGGGGAGGUCAGCAACCGGGACAUCGUGGAGACCGUGCUCAACCUGCUGGUUGGUGGAGAGUUUGAUCUAGAGAUGAACUUUAUAAUCCAGGAUGCAGAGAGCAUAACGUGUAUGUCAGAGCUUUUAGAACACUGUGAUGUAACAUGCCAAGCAGAAAUCUGGAGUAUGUUCACAGCCAUUCUACGAAAGAGUGUCCGUAAUUUACAGACCAGCACAGAAGUUGGCUUAAUUGAACAGGUACUGCUGAAGAUGAGUACGGUGGACGACAUGAUUGCAGAUCUUCUAGUUGAUAUGUUGGGGGUUCUUGCCAGCUACAGCAUCACUGUCAAGGAGUUGAAGCUUUUGUUCAGCAUGCUUCGAGGCGAAAAUGGAAUCUGGCCAAGACAUGCAGUUAAACUAUUGUCAGUCCUUAAUCAGAUGCCACAGAGACAUGGUCCUGAUACCUUUUUCAACUUCCCUGGCUGCAGUGCUGCAGCAAUUGCAUUACCUCCUAUUGCUAAGUGGCCUUACCAAAAUGGGUUUACUCUUAACACCUGGUUUCGUAUGGAUCCAUUAAACAAUAUUAAUGUAGAUAAGGAUAAGCCCUAUCUCUAUUGUUUUCGCACUAGCAAAGGAGUUGGGUACUCUGCUCAUUUCGUUGGCAACUGCUUAAUAGUUACGUCGUUGAAAUCAAAAGGAAAAGGUUUUCAGCAUUGUGUGAAGUAUGAUUUUCAGCCACGCAAGUGGUACAUGAUCAGCAUUGUGCACAUCUACAAUCGUUGGAGAAACAGUGAAAUUCGGUGUUACGUUAAUGGUCAACUGGUAUCCUAUGGUGAUAUGGCUUGGCAUGUUAACACGAACGAUAGCUAUGAUAAAUGUUUUCUUGGCUCUUCAGAGACAGCUGAUGCAAAUAGAGUGUUUUGUGGUCAACUUGGAGCAGUAUAUGUGUUCACUGAAGCACUCAAUCCAGCACAGAUAUUUGCAAUACAUCAGUUAGGACCUGGAUAUAAGAGUACUUUCAAAUUUAAAUCUGAGAGUGAUAUUCAUCUGGCUGAGCACCACAAACAAGUUCUAUAUGAUGGGAAACUUGCAAGUAGUAUUGCCUUUACUUACAAUGCUAAGGCUACUGAUGCUCAACUAUGCCUUGAAUCCUCGCCAAAGGAAAACCCUUCAAUUUUUGUACACUCUCCACAUGCUCUUAUGCUUCAGGAUGUGAAAGCUAUAGUAACCCACUCAAUUCACAGUGCAAUUCAUUCGAUUGGAGGGAUUCAAGUUCUUUUUCCUCUCUUUGCCCAGUUAGACAAUCGACAACUAAAUGACAGUCAAAUGGAAACAACUGUCUGUGCCACCCUUUUGGCUUUCCUGGUCGAACUUCUUAAGAGUUCAGUAGCCAUGCAAGAACAAAUGCUGGGUGGAAAAGGCUUUUUAGUCAUUGGCUACCUCCUUGAAAAGUCAUCUAGAGUUCAUAUAACCAGGGCAGUUUUGGAGCAAUUUUUGUCUUUUGCAAAAUAUCUGGAUGGAUUGUCACAUGGAGCACCUUUACUGAAGCAAUUGUGUGAUCACAUCCUUUUUAAUCCUGCUAUUUGGAUACAUACCCCUGCAAAGGUGCAGCUUUCACUGUAUACCUAUCUGUCUGCUGAAUUUAUUGGCACUGCUACUAUCUACACCACCAUACGCAGAGUAGGAACAGUAUUACAGCUAAUGCACACACUGAAAUACUACUACUGGGUAGUUAAUCCUGCUGAUAGCAGUGGCAUUACUCCUAAAGGACUAGAAGGUCCUCGGCCAUCACAGAAAGAAAUCAUAUCACUACGAGCAUUUAUGCUUCUGUUUUUGAAACAGCUUAUAUUGAAGCGCUUUUCUUACUAUUUUAUUGUUUACUUUCACAAGACUAUGAAUGAUUCCAUGGAAAUAGUCAUUUAUAAAUUACUGGCUUCCAAAAGUGAAAGUAUCUGGGUGCAGGCUCUGAAGGUACUGGGAUAUUUUCUCAAACACCUGGGUCACAAACGAAAGGUUGAAAUCAUGCAUACCCAUAGUCUUUUCACUCUUCUUGGAGAGAGGUUGAUGCUGCAUACAAAUACGGUGACCGUUACAACAUAUAACACACUUUAUGAGAUUUUGACAGAACAAGUAUGCACUCAAGUUGUUCAUAAACCACAUCCAGAGCCAGAUUCUACAGUGAAAAUUCAGAAUCCAAUGAUUCUUAAAGUGGUGGCAACAUUGUUAAAAAAUUCCACACCAAGUGCAGAGCUGAUGGAAGUUCGGCGUUUGUUUUUAUCUGAUAUGAUAAAACUUUUCAGUAAUAGUCGUGAAAACAGAAGAUGUUUACUUCAGUGUUCGGUGUGGCAGGACUGGAUGUUUUCUCUGGGAUAUAUUAACCCUAAGAACUCUGAAGAACAGAAAAUCACAGAGAUGGUGUACAACAUCUUCCGUAUUCUCUUGUAUCAUGCAAUAAAAUAUGAAUGGGGAGGCUGGAGGGUCUGGGUGGAUACUCUUUCUAUAGCACAUUCCAAGGUCACCUAUGAAGCUCACAAGGAGUAUCUAGCAAAAAUGUAUGAAGAAUAUCAAAGGCAAGAGGAAGAGAACAUAAAAAAGGGGAAAAAGGGGAAUGUGAGCACUAUCUCAGGCCUUUCAUCUCAGACAACAGGAGCAAAAGGUGGACUGGAAAUUCGAGAGAUAGAAGACCUUUCACAAAGCCAAAGCCCAGAAAGUGAAACAGAUUACCCUGUCAGCACAGAUACCAGGGACUUGCUCAUGGCUACAAAGGUGUCAGAUGAUGUGCUUGGAAGUUCAGAUAGACCAGGAGGGGGUGUACAUGUUGAGGUUCAUGAUCUGUUAGUUGAUAUAAAAGCUGAAAAGGUAGAAGCCACAGAAGUAAAGCUUGAUGAUAUGGAUUUAUCACCAGAGACUCUGGUAACUGGAGAGAAUGGUGCCCUCGUGGAAGUUGAAUCCCUUUUAGAUAACGUAUAUUGUGCUGCUGUUGAGAAACUCCAAAACAAUGUCCAUGGUAGUGUUGGUAUCAUUAAGAAAAGCGAAGAGAAGGAUAAUGGGCCUUUGAUAACACUGGCUGAUGAGAAAGAUGAACCUUCUACUAACAAUACCUCAUUUCUUUUUGAUAAAAUACCCAACCAAGAAGAGAAACUUCUCCCUGAACUUUCCAGUAAUCACAUUACUAUUCCAAAUGUACAAGAGACUCAAAUGCAUCUUGGUGUAAGUGAUGAUCUUGGAUUGCUUGCUCACAUGACUGGUAGUGUAGAUAUAACAUGUACUUCAAGUAUAAUAGAGGAUAAGGAGUUCAAGAUUCAUACCACUUCAGAUGGAAUGAGCAACCUUUCUGAAAGGGAGUUAGCUUCAUCAUCCAAAGGAUUAGAAUAUGCUGAGAUGACAGCUACAACCCUGGAGACAGAGUCUUCUGGUAGCAAAAGUCUACCUAAUGUUGAUGCAGGAAGUAUAAUAUCAGAUACAGAAAGAUCUGAUGAUGGUAAAGAAGCAGGGAAGGAGAUAAGGAAGAUCCAGACAACUACUACAACCCAAGCUGUGCAAGGUCGGUCUGUUACCCAGCAAGACAGAGACUUGCGAGUUGACUUGGGAUUUCGAGGAAUGCCAAUGACAGAAGAACAACGACGCCAGUUUAGUCCAGGUCCACGCACAACUAUGUUUCGUAUUCCAGAGUUUAAAUGGUCUCCAAUGCACCAGAGGCUGCUGACAGAUUUGCUGUUUGCAUUAGAAACAGAUGUACAUGUUUGGAGAAGUCAUUCUACAAAAUCUGUAAUGGACUUUGUCAAUAGCAAUGAAAACAUUAUUUUUGUACACAACACGAUCCACCUCAUUUCCCAGAUGGUAGACAAUAUUAUCAUUGCUUGUGGAGGGAUUUUACCAUUGUUAUCUGCAGCCACAUCUCCAACUGGUUCUAAGACUGAAUUGGAAAAUAUUGAAGUGACACAAGGAAUGUCAGCAGAGACAGCAGUGACUUUCCUGAGCCGUCUGAUGGCUAUGGUUGAUGUACUGGUAUUUGCCAGUUCUCUAAACUUCAGUGAGAUUGAAGCUGAAAAAAACAUGUCUUCUGGAGGCUUAAUGCGACAGUGCCUAAGGCUGGUUUGUUGUGUUGCUGUGAGAAACUGUUUAGAAUGUCGACAAAGACAGAGAGAUAGGGUGAACAAAUCUUCACUAAUCAGCAGUAAAACUCAGGAGACUCUUCAGGGUAUGACUGCAACAGCAAUGACCAAGACACCAUUGGAAAAUGUUCCUGGUAACCUUUCCCCAAUAAAGGAUCCUGAUAGACUUCUUCAGGAUGUUGACAUUAAUCGUCUGCGAGCAGUUGUUUUUCGUGAUGUGGAUGAUAGCAAACAGGCUCAAUUUUUGGCUUUGGCAGUAGUUUACUUUAUUUCUGUGCUGAUGGUCUCCAAGUACCGUGAUAUACUAGAACCUCAACGGGAGACUGCAAGAUGUGGGAGCCAGGCAGGUAGAAAUAUCAGACAGGAAAUAAAUUCACCAACAAGUACAGUUGUGGUCAUACCAUCUAUCCCUCACCCAAGUUUGAACCAUGGAUUCCUUGCCAAGUUAAUUCCUGAGCAGAGCUUUGCCCACUCAUUUUACAAAGAGACUCCUGCUGUAUUUCCAGAGAAUAUCAAGGAAAAAGAAACACCAACACCAGUUGAAGAUAUUCAGCUGGAAAGCUCCAUUCCUCAUACAGAUUCUGGUAUUGGAGAGGAGCAGAUGCCCAGCAUCUUAAAUGGGACAGACUUAGAGACAAGCACAGGCCCUGAUGCUAUGAGUGAAUUAUUGUCUACUUUGUCUUCUGAGGUAAAGAAAUCUCAGGAAAGCUUAACAGAAAGUCCCAGUGAAAUCUUGAAGCCUGCACCUUCAAUAUCCAGCAUCAGCCAAAGCAAAGGCAUGAAUGUCAAGGAGAUACUAAAAAGCCUUGUGGCAGCCCCUAUUGAAAUUGCAGAGUGUGGUCCUGAUCCUAUCCCUUACCCAGAUCCUGCGUUGAAGAGGGAAGCUCAGUCAAUUCUUCCCAUGCAGUUUCACUCCUUUGACAGGAGUGUUGUCGUACCUGUAAAGAAACCGCCUCCAGGUAGUCUAGCUGUUACCACAGUUGGAGCUGCCACUGCUGGAGGUGUUCUGCCACCGGGUACUACACCAAACAUAUUUGCUGCUACAGGAGCUACACCAAAAAGUAUGAUUAAUACAACAGGUGCAGUGGAUUCAGGAUCUUCCUCUUCCUCUUCAUCCUCUAGCUUUGUGAAUGGUGCUACCAGUAAAAACCUUCCAGCUGUACAAACUGUUGCUCCAAUGCCAGAGGAUUCAGCUGAAAACAUGAGCAUCACUGCAAAGCUUGAAAGAGCUUUAGAAAAAGUGGCCCCACUCCUGCGUGAAAUUUUUGUAGACUUCGCCCCUUUCUUGUCCCGUACGCUGUUGGGCAGUCAUGGACAAGAACUGCUGAUUGAAGGCCUUGUGUGUAUGAAGUCGAGUACUUCUGUGGUUGAACUUGUUAUGCUGCUUUGUUCACAGGAAUGGCAGAAUUCUAUUCAGAAGAAUGCAGGACUUGCGUUUAUUGAGCUCAUCAAUGAAGGAAGAUUAUUAUGUCAUGCAAUGAAAGACCACAUAGUGCGUGUUGCAAAUGAGGCGGAGUUUAUUUUGAACCGACAAAGAGCUGAAGAUGUACACAAACAUGCCGAAUUUGAGUCACAGUGUGCUCAAUAUGCUGCUGAUAGAAGAGAGGAAGAAAAGAUGUGUGACCAUCUUAUAAGUGCUGCUAAACAUCGCGAUCAUGUUACAGCCAAUCAGCUGAAACAGAAGAUACUGAAUAUCCUAACAAACAAACAUGGUGCGUGGGGAGCAGUCUCUCACAGGUCUUUCCUUGGUGUUGAUAUUCAGUGUAUCAAAGACAUAGAAUUGCAGUUGAAUAUUCUAGGAAUGAAAGAAAUGCAGAAAAAUCACAAGUUAGAUGUUGUUACAAUAGGUGGUGUAGGCCCGGUGGUUCUCAGCACGCCGGCACAGCUCAUCGCCCCUGUUGUAGUGGCCAAAGGUACCCUCUCCAUCACCACCACGGAAAUCUACUUCGAGGUGGAUGAGGAUGAUCCGGCCUUCAAGAAGAUUGACCCCAAAGUUCUUGCCUACACAGAAGGCCUUCAUGGAAAAUGGAUGUUCAGCGAGAUUCGAGCCGUUUUUUCAAGACGUUAUCUUCUCCAGAACACUGCUUUGGAAGUGUUUAUGGCAAAUAGAACCUCGGUUAUGUUUAAUUUUCCUGACCAAGCAACAGUAAAAAAAGUUGUGUACAGCUUACCUCGUGUUGGAGUGGGGACCAGCUAUGGUUUGCCACAAGCAAGGAGAAUAUCUCUGGCCACUCCCAGACAGCUUUAUAAGUCCUCCAACAUGACUCAGCGCUGGCAGCGACGGGAGAUUUCUAACUUUGAAUACUUGAUGUUCCUCAAUACUAUAGCAGGACGAACGUACAAUGAUCUAAACCAAUACCCUGUAUUUCCAUGGGUGUUAACGAACUACGAAUCAGAGGAAUUGGACCUGACCUUACCAGGCAACUUCAGGGAUCUUUCAAAGCCCAUUGGUGCUUUGAACCCAAAGAGAGCAGUUUUCUAUGCCGAGCGCUAUGAGACUUGGGAAGAUGAUCAGACUCCACCUUAUCACUACAACACCCAUUAUUCAACAUCUACUUCUACGCUGUCCUGGCUUGUUCGUAUUGAGCCCUUCACAACAUUCUUUCUUAAUGCAAAUGAUGCAAAAUUUGACCAUCCAGAUCGAACCUUCUCUUCAGUGGCAAGAUCUUGGAGAAACAGCCAAAGAGAUACCUCAGAUGUGAAGGAGUUAAUUCCAGAGUUUUACUACCUACCAGAGAUGUUUGUCAACAGUAACGGAUAUAAUCUAGGUGUCAGAGAGGAUGAAGUUGUUGUAAAUGAUGUUGAGCUUCCCCCUUGGGCAAAGAAGCCUGAAGACUUUGUCCGGAUCAACAGGAUGGCGCUGGAAAGUGAGUUUGUAUCAUGCCAGCUUCAUCAAUGGAUUGACCUUAUUUUUGGCUACAAGCAACGAGGACCAGAAGCAGUGCGUGCACUCAAUGUUUUCCACUAUCUAACAUAUGAAGGCUCUGUGAAUCUGGACAGUAUCACUGAUCCUGUCCUCAGGGAGGCCAUGGAGGCACAGAUACAGAACUUUGGACAGACGCCAUCUCAGUUGCUUAUUGAGCCACAUCCGCCUCGGAGCUCUGCCAUGCACCUGUGUUUCCUUCCACAGAGUCCACUCAUGUUUAAAGAUCAGAUGCAGCAGGAUGUUAUAAUGGUGCUGAAAUUUCCAUCAAAUUCUCCUGUCACACACGUGGCAGCCAACACGCUUCCCCACCUUACCAUUCCUGCAGUGGUAACUGUGACUUGCAGCAGACUUUUUGCAGUGAAUAGAUGGCACAACACAGUAGGCCUCAGGGGAGCCCCAGGAUAUUCUUUGGAUCAAGCCCAUCAUCUUCCCAUUGAAAUGGAUCCAUUGAUUGCCAAUAACUCUGGUGUGAACAAACGGCAGAUCACAGACCUUGUGGAUCAGAGCAUCCAGAUCAAUGCACAUUGUUUCGUGGUCACAGCAGAUAAUCGCUACAUUCUUAUCUGUGGGUUCUGGGACAAGAGCUUUCGGGUUUAUUCUACAGAAACAGGAAAAUUAACUCAGAUUGUUUUUGGCCACUGGGAUGUAGUUACUUGCCUUGCCAGAUCAGAAUCCUAUAUUGGUGGUGAUUGCUAUAUUGUCUCUGGAUCUCGUGAUGCUACCUUGCUUCUUUGGUACUGGAGUGGCCGACACCAUAUUAUAGGAGAUAAUCCAAAUAGCAGUGAUUAUCCUGCUCCUAGAGCUGUUCUAACUGGUCAUGACCAUGAAGUUGUCUGUGUAUCGGUCUGUGCAGAGCUGGGACUUGUUAUCAGUGGUGCUAAAGAAGGUCCUUGUCUGGUACACACAAUUACUGGAGAUUUGCUGAGAGCACUUGAAGGGACUGAAAACUGCUUGUACCCUCGCUUAAUUUCAGUAUCUAGUGAAGGCCACUGCAUCAUCUACUAUGAGCGAGGACGGUUCAGCAAUUUCAGCAUUAAUGGCAAACUCUUAGCUCAGAUGGAGAUCAGUGACUCAACCAGGGCCAUCCUCCUGAGCAGUGAUGGACAGAACCUCGUGACUGGGGGGGACAAUGGAGUAGUGGAAGUGUGGCAGGCUUGUGAUUUUAAACAGCUCUAUAUUUACCCUGGCUGUGAUGCUGGCAUUAGAGCAAUGGACUUGUCUCAUGAUCAGAGAACUCUGAUUACUGGCAUGGCUUCUGGUAGCAUUGUAGCUUUUAAUAUAGAUUUCAAUCGGUGGCAUUAUGAGCAUCAGAACAGAUACUGAAGCUGAAUGAAGAACUGAAAGCCAAGGUAAAGCUGAGAGCACAAGUGCUACAAUGAAAGGCGUAAUCUCUGGUGGAAAAACACGUCUGCAUUGACCUCCGUUGUACAUUCCAUUACACCCAGCAAUAGCUGUACAUUGUAGUCAGCAACCAUUUUAUUUUGUGUGUUUUUUCACAACUGAACACCAGCUGCUGAAAAGCAAGCUUGUAUCAUGUAAAUUAUAUGAAUUAGGAGAUGUUUUGGUAAUUAUUUCAUAUAUCUUUGUUUAUUGAGAAAAGGUAGUAGGAUGCGCCACAAGAGACUUUCGAAAAUUCUGAGGAACCUUGUGUCCAGUUGUUACGAUGUUUAGUCUGUGAAUCUAACAUGCAUCCCAUUUCCAGUCUCUUUUCAA